AUGCCUUCCUGGCGUGUUAGUUUGACCAGCCCCGGCGGCGAGCGAACCCACACACAGAACGUCGACCAACGCACUCACGCAACUAUAUACAUCGAGGGAAAUACAGCGGAUGCUGACACCUGGAGAUUCGUCAAGUACGACGAGGAAACUCAAGCUAGACGCGAUUGGAUCUCUCAAUUCAUUUUCGUGGGCGGUGCUAUCAGGUUCAGCUCUGAUAUUGUAGACACAUUUGUUCGUUCUCCACCACCUGUUCAAGGACUUAUCUCGCGCGUCUCUGUACCUUAUACUGCAGGCCAACAACAGCACUGUGUUCUGCUACGCCAUGGCGACAUGGUGGAGUUUGAGGUGACACGCGCCAGUGUUCAGCUUGCGUUCGAUCCAGGUCCGGAAUAUGCACAUGUUCAGGUCGAGUCUUCAGGACCCGGAGCCCCCAGGAUCAAGCACGAGAUCAAGCAAGAAGCAGACACUGACGAUGAGGCCGAUGACGAGGCUGUUCAACCGGUUACGAAUGCUCAUCGUGCUACAUCAGCUGAAGAGUCCCAACACUUGUUCUCCACGAGCCGUGAGCACCUUAGUUCGACGCCACGUCCUGUCACAAGAGAGUCACAAGUGGUCAAGGAAACACCCAACCGCCGCCGAAUCAGAUCACAAAACGAGUCAACCAUCCCUGAGAGUCUUCCGAUAGGCGAUACAUAUCCAGAGCAGCCACAGUUCACCGGCGUUGCGGAUCCUGACAAUGGCUUACCUGGUACUCAAACUGGCGAGCUGCCAGAUACUUCGCCUUCCGAGACCCUUCACUUCCACGUACCCACACAACCCACUCCUUCUCCUCUCGAUCAAAGCUUCAGCGCUGCCGAAGUGGGCAUGCUUCUCUCAAAUCUCAACGAAGAUAAUCCUCCAUCGCAAGCACUGCUGCCAAUCCCUUCGAAAGAGAUGCCCAGCACAGUCGUCGUCCAAGGCCAGAUUCAGAAGGAUUCAUCAACCGAAGGACCGACGGAAGGAAUGAAGUCGCCAGAUACGCAAACCGCAGCUCCGACAUCAGAUACUGCUUUACUUUCAGACGUGGCUUCACCAGUGGAUAUCAUCAAUGACGAGAUCACGAAUGACAUGAACAUGAUGGGUGAUCAAGACGCCGCUGUCACUGAACCCAAGCGUACUCCCUCCGUGAUCAUCACAAGCAGAAAGAGGAAGACAGUCUCUGACAGCGACUCUGUGACGCUGUCUGCGAAGCGAGCAAAACUCGUCGAAGCUGAUACGAGUACUGCUGAAGUCACACCGGUAAGCACUGCCUCCGGAAGCUCCUCAAGGACCAAGAGUCUGGAUGAGGGAUUACCACCGAGACGUGUUUCUCAAAGGCACAAGAGCAUAGACAGCGAGAAUGCCCCAUCUGGCUCGCCGUCGCAUCCUGAUUGCCACUACAAGGCCAACCCUCCAGUCAUACUCUAUUCCAACACUAAGAUCACCGACAAAGGCAACCUGAUGAAGUUCCUGCAGAAACAGGGCGCUAGUCAGACCGAAGACAUCAAAAAGGCGAACUUCUUAUGCGUAGGCCCUGGAGAGCUUCUCAAGACACCAAAACUACUCCAUAGUUUGACUUUGGGCAAAACCAUCGUUACAGACAAAUGGGUGUCGCAAUCCACCGCGGCAGGCUCCUUGUUAGACGCUCGUGAGUUCCUCCCGGAGGAGCUCAAACCCUCCAGACACCUUGACCGCACGAAAGUCUUCACCGGCCAGGUCAUCUACAUCACGCCAGCGCAACGAUCAGCCUACAAGAAAGGAUGGGAUGAUGUGAUGGCCAUCAUCAGACAAGCUGGUGGCACGAACCCUCUGACGGGACCUCUGUCCAAACACAAGGCUGGUGCUAUCACGCUGUAUCUAGGCGCCGACAAAGACGACGAUGUCGCGGCAGAAUUACAAAAAAAGGGAGAAACAGUGUACAAGAAGGACAUUCUAGGAGCGAGCAUCGUUCACGGAGAGUUACUGACAGACGCGUCGUUGGAACUUGUUUCAGUAGAGACAGAUUCCACAACAGCAAAAGCAAAAGCAGAGCCGAAGUGCUCUAAGAAAGGUGGUCGCAAGAAGAAGAAGAAUUAG